AUGGGAGAAAGUCCAGACUGGAUUUGGAAUGGCCCGGGCGGGCCGGCCUCGGGCCCCGGCAGCCGCAGCGGGAGCCGCGAGCGGGGCGGCGACGGCCCCCCCGGAGACCCCCCCCCAGAGCCCCCCCGGCGCCACGACCCCGGCAGGGCUGGAUUUCCCCCGGCGCCCCCCCUGGAGUUUCGGGAUGAGCCCCGAGGAGCUGCGGGCGCGGGAGGAGGCGGCGUUUGGGGACUUCCUGCGGGGGCUGGGGGACCCCGGGGACCCCCCUGGGGACCCCCCCGGGGACAGCCGGGGCCUGGCGCCCUUCGAGCACAACCUGGAGGGCUGCAGAAGAGGCAGAGGAAGAGGGGGGGGCGCUGGGGCCGCGCCGUGGGACCCCGGCUGCUGCUGGAGGCCUGCCAGGAGAUCGUGGGGGAUGCCGUGGAUCUCAGCAGCUGGCGGGCGCGGCUGGAGCGGGCGGAGCAGCGCCCCGAGGAUGAGGAGGAUGAUGAGGAUGAGGAGGAGGAGGAGCCCCUGGGCAGGGACGAAGAGGAGGAGGAGCAGGGGGCGGGGCCGGGGGGCGUGGCCCGGCCCCGGCAGUGGGAGCGCUACCGGCACGGCGUGCUGACCCUGGGCUGCGUGGGGCUGCCGAACGCGGGCAAGUCGUCGGUGCUGAACGCGCUGCUGGGCCGCGGCGCCGUGGCCGUGUCGCGCUGCCCCGGCCGCACGCGCUACUUCCAGACGCACUUCCUGACGGGCAGCGUGCGCCUCUGCGACUGCCCGGGGCUCGUCUUCCCCUCGAGAGCCCCGCCCGAGCUCCAGGUCCUGGCAGGGGUGUACCCCAUCUCGCAGCUGCAGGACCCCUACUCGGCCGUGGGCUUCCUGGGGUCCCGCCUGGCCCUGCCCCCCCUGCUGCAGCUGCGCCCCCCCAGCGGCCCCGGCUGGACGGCCUGGGAGCUCUGCGAAGCCUGGGCAGAGAAGAGAGGCUACAAGACGGCGCGGGCGGCGCGCAACGACGUGGCCAGGGCGGCCAACGGGCUGCUCAGGCUGGCAGCCGAGGGCAGGCUCAGGCUCUGCAUGACACCCCCGGGCUACACAGAGCAAAAAGAGCACUGGGAGCUCCACCCCGACACCGCGGCCCUGGCGGCCAUGACAGGGGGCGGGGCCUGCGCCCCUCCCCCGCCCGGGGCCGCCUCCAGCUCCGAGGACGACGAGGGGGCGGAGCCCGAGCAGGCCACGCCCCCUCCCAGCCCCGCCCACAACCCCUUCGCGCUGCUGGGGGAGGACGAGUGCUGAGCCACGCCCCCUCCCGGGGGAGGAGCCAAUCAGAGCGCGCGGAUCCUCGCAUGACCAUAUAUGGAAUAAAGGGUUUAUUUCUGCAGA